GGCGGCGCCCGAGGAAGGAAAGACAAGCAUCCAGCUGUCAGCCACAGUCGGACUCGCAUUACCAUAGAGCGCGACCAAGAUGGCCGCCCGGGAGCAGUGGAACAACGGGACGACUGUCCGCCUUCUCCUCCUCGCAAGGAAAGGCGAGUCUCCCCGCCGCCUGUUGACCAUCCGACUCUCGACGACCGCCUUGGCUGCCGAGAGAGAGUCGGAGAAAACGACGCCCGCCACCGGAUCGACCGACUUCACCGAUCCCUGGCGCUGGAAGAGGAAGACAAGUUGGGUCCGCCUUGUUUCGGGCCCCGCAUUCGAGACGAGCCCUUUCCCA